CCCGAUGUUGAAAUGAGGCGUCACUUCCUCUCGCGAUAACUCGCGCGUCCUCUCGCGAGCGUCCGGCAGCCCGGCGACGGUGGCGAAAUGGAGCCGAGAUGAGGUCCGACAAGGAGCAAAUGACGGCCGGCAAGGACAAGGGCGGCGCGGAGAUCAAGUUCGGGGACGCCUCGGGGGACCAGGACAACCUCCCCAAGCACAAAGAAGAGAAGAAGGAGCUUUUCACCAAGGUGGUGAUUCGCAGGCUCCCCCCCCAGCUGACCAAGGAGCAGUUGGAAGAGCAACUCAGCCCGCUUCCUCCCUACGACUACUUUGAGUUCUCGCCCGCCGACCCGAGCCUGUACCCGCAUUUGUUCUCCAGAGCCUACGUCAACUUUAAAAACCAGGAAGACAUCGUCCUGUUCCGAGACAGAUUUGACGGCUACGUCUUCAUCGACGGCAAAGGUCAGGAGUUUCCCGCUGUGGUAGAAUUUGCCCCCUUCCAGAAAGUCUCCAAAAAGAAGCUGAAAAAGAAAGAUGCCAAAGCCGGGAGCAUCGACGAAGACCUGGAAUAUAAACGCUUCCUGGAGAACUACUCCUGCGAUGAGGAGAAGUCCAUGGCCAACCCGGAGACCCUGCUGGGGGAAAUCGAGGCCAAAACCAGAGAACUGAUCGCCAAAAGGACGACGCCCCUCUUAGAGUACAUCAGAAACAAGAAAAUGGAGAAACAGAGAAUGCGAGAGGAAAAGCGAGAGGAGCGUCGGCGGCGAGAGUUCGAGAAGAAGCGACAACGCGAGGAGGAGAAACGCAAGCGGCGCGAGGAGGAAAGGCGCAAGCGCAAAGAAGCCGACAAGCAGAAGAAGAUGUCCGACAAAGACGUCAAAAUCAAGCUGCUGAAGAAGAGCGACCGGGACGACGACGCCGACUCGGACCGCGGCAAGGACAAAAGCGACUUUGGCGAGGCGGACAGAGGAAAGUGGGACAAAGCUGGCGCGCACGUCAAGUCCAAGGACUCCAAGGAAAAAUCUCAGCCGGAGAGCGACAAGGAGCAGCAGCAGUGCCGCCGGCAGCGCGCCAAAGACGACGACAGGAAGCGCCAGAGGCACCACUACGACUUUGACAAGUUCGCGCGGCGCAAAGACGAGACCAAGUGGGGCAAAGGCUACUGCGCCAAGAAGGAAUCGCACCACCACCACCACCACCAGCAGCAGCAGCAGCAGCAGCAGCAGCACGCCUUCGCCUUCUGCCCCGACGGCGGCGACAAGCGGGCCAAGGACGACAGGGACGAGCUGGCCAACAGGAAGGAGCGCCUGCGAAACAAGGUGAGCGAGAAGGACCGCCCGGCCAUGCAGCUGUACCAGCCCGGGGCGCGAAAUCGCAAAGGCCUCAACUCCGCCUGCAAGAGCCACGACUGCGCGCCGGCGGGCCACUCGCCCGAGGGCGAGGCGGGCCUCUGCUUCGACGCCGAGGCGGCGCCGGACAAAACCUCGGACAACGGCAACGACGAGCGGCGCGGACCCUCGUGAGACGCUGGCGCCCGUCCGCGGCGGAGGCUCCGAAAGCCAUCGCCGUCCUAUUGAUGUUAUGACUCUGUACGUGACAUUGAAUUAUCGCGGAACCGUUCGGGUAUGGGAAAUGCGUUUCAUCGUAGAGCGCAAAUAAUGAGACGAUAUGCAGAAAAUGCACUUAUUCCAGUUAUUUGUCAAGGUUGUGUGGCCGUUCUUGUUUUCCCCUCCCUGGGCCACGCGUGUGUGUGUGUGUGUGUGUGCGCGUUUAUUUGGGCGCGCGUGCGUCUGUCAGCCAGAGCAAAUUUUGACCACCAUCAAAUGGACGUUUCUAUGGCAAAAGAAUCUGAGAAAGUGAAAAAUGUCAUAGUCUCAUGCAAGUACAACUAAUAAUAUGCUCUUUAAGGCAGGGGUGUCAAACUCAUUUUUGUCACGGCCCACAUUAUAGUUACAUUUAAUGACUACGAAAUGAAAUGAAAACAUCAAAAUCUUUAAUCCCCUCAUCGUAUUUAUACAAAUGACAUUUCUGAAGUAGUUUUGGAAUCAGAAACUAUUGUUGAUGCCUAGUAAAGCUAAAAUGGUUGAGAUAUCUCAACGUUAUCAUUUACGGUUUGACAAUUCCAAAUUUUGGUACGGAUCACGCAAGUUGACGCAUAUGAGUUGCCUCCGCGGGCCACAUAAAAUCACGUGGAUGGCCGGAUCUGGCCUGCGGGCCUCGAGUUAGACACCGGUCCUCUAUAAACUAAUCUGGUCCAUGCGGUGACGUGCUGCUGCUGUUGUUGUUGUUCCAAGCCUUAUCCAUAUGUACUUUGCACAUGAAUAAAUAAAGGUCUUGUGUCUGAUUUGAAAAACGGAAC